UUGUGGAUGAUUCGAUCAGCAGCAGCCUCGAGCUAAAGCUGCUAAUUAAGUUGACGUCAUUAUUUACAGCCCGGCUGGAUGUUUGCAAGCUGGUUUUAAUUCGCCGCAUUCUUAUUAGCAAGUUACGAUGACGCGCGUAAAAGUCCUGUACGAUUUCAAUGGCGAACCAAACUCAUCGGAGAUCUCGAUCUCGGUGGACGAAGUGCUAACCGUCACAAACACGGACGUCGGUGAAGGAUGGUGGGAGGGUAUGAAUUCUCGUGGCCAGCGUGGUCUCUUUCCUGCCGCGUACGUAGAAACGAUACCGGAGGCACCGUCGUUACCGUCCGGACCUCCGAAAAUGCCACCACCACCAGCCGUUAUGGUGGCUCAAUCGACCGGUGUAUCGAAGUCCGGCUCACAGCAAGCACUCGGCAAUCGGUACGAUCAGACAGCGGACGAUUGGGGUGAACAGCAGGACGAUUGGGACGACGAUUGGGAUGACGAUAAUGAUACGUAUUCGGAAAUUGGGCCCGGUUCGAGUGCGGCCGGAAGAUCGAAUGGUCAGACGCAGUCCUACCAUCAGCAGCAGCAGCAGCAGCCGAGUGCAACUUCAAGUUACUACGCCAACGCUAACUUGCCCGCACCGCCAGCUUCCGACGGGGACACUAUGUCGCUAGCGUCGGUUGCGACCACCGUCGGUCGUUCGCGUGGCGCCGGAACGGGGAAGAUUUUUACCAAAUCCGGCGAUAACUAUCUGAUCGGGAUGCCCGUGCCGGAUGUAUCGGAAGCGGACCGGGUGCACGUGCUGCUGAUGGAGCACGGGAUCGUGUGGAAACCGAUGCGCGAUUCGUACACCGUGUCGGUUGAUUCGCCCAAGAAGGAGAAAAAGUUUAACGGCCUAAAAAGUUUCAUCGCUUACCAGUUGACGCCCUCGUUCAACAAUAUUCCGGUGGCGCGCCGGUAUAAGCAUUUCGAUUGGCUGCACGAGCGGUUGGUCGAGAAGUUUUGUCUGAUACCGAUACCACCACUGCCGGACAAGCAGAUAUCGGGCCGGUACGAUGAGGAGUUUGUCGAGCAUCGGCGCGUACAGCUGCAGGAGUUUGUCGACUGGAUGUGCCGACAUCCGGUACUCUCGACGUGUGGCGUUUGGAUGCAUUUCCUAACCUGUACCGAUGAAAAGAAAUGGAAAACGGGCAAACGGACGGCCGAGAAAGAUCCUCUAGUCGGUACGAUGUUCUGUGCGUCCGUUUUCCCACCAGAAAAGACACUACUGCAAUCGUUGGUGGAACCGCAGGUAGAAUCAGCCGGUCAGUUUGUACCGCAGAUGGAUGCCGCCGUUAAGACACUGUUCGCAAUCUGUGGCGAUCAGUCGAAAAAGUUCCAGGUACAAUGGAAAAAGGAGUAUCAACGUAUCGGGGAAGGAUUCUCCGAGAUGGCCCGAGCACUGGCGAUCGAUGAACGACGUGCCGCCACACAGCUUAGCCUGUCAAGUUCGGUCGGCCAAGCGGCGGGAGUAUUUAUCAACAUCGGACAACUGUUUGGCGAACAGCCAAAGCAUGACUUUAUACCAUUUUCGGAUCGGCUACACAUUUACCGUGGAUUGUUGGCCGGAUGGCCCGAUACGCUUGGGGAGUAUCGGAACGCAGUUCAAAAGCGUAAAGACUGUGAGCGUCUAACGGCAGAGCAGAAGAUGGAGAAUGGGCAGAUGCAGGAGGUGAAUCGGCGUGUGGAUGUAAUGUCGUACGCACUGUUGGCCGAGAUGUCUCACUUCCGGGCGGAACGGGACACCCAUCUAAAGGACACGAUACGCCACUUUAUCGGGGCGCAGAUAGAGUUUUACAAAUCGAUCGUGCAGAAGCUGGAACAGGCGCAAACACACUUUUAA